GUUCUGCACUUGCUUCGAAGAUAUUUGGGGGAAUAUGUCCAUGGACUCUCAGUUGAAGCUUUAAGAAUCAGUGUCUGGAAAGGUGAUGUUGUUCUAAAAGAUUUGAAAUUGAAAGCAGAGGCCCUAAAUUCACUAAAACUUCCAGUCACUGUGAAAGCUGGUUUUAUUGGUACCAUUACAUUAAAGGUUCCCUGGAAAAGUUUAGGCAAAGAGCCUGUGAUUGUUCUCAUUGACCGUGUAUUCAUUCUUGCUUAUCCACUUACUGAUGGCCGGACUCUCAAGGAGGACGGGGAAAAACUAUUUGAAGCAAAACUUCAACAGAUUGAGGAAACAGAGUCAGCGACUCUUGAAGCAAUAUCAAAGUCAAAGCUAGGAAGUCCACCUCCUGGAAAUUCAUGGCUAGGUUCCCUUAUUGCUACCAUUAUCGGAAAUUUAAAGAUAUCAAUUAGCAAUGUACAUAUUAGAUAUGAGGACUCAGUCAGUAAUCCAGGCCAUCCAUUUUGUUCGGGUGUAACUUUGGCUAAGCUUGCUGCUGUUACGAUGGAUGAGCAAGGGAAUGAAACAUUUGAUACAAGUGGUGCGCUUGAUAAGUUGCGGAAGUCGUUGCAACUUGAAAGGCUUGCUAUGUAUCAUGAUUCAGAUAGUGUUCCUUGGAAGAUAGACAAGGGAUGGGAAGAUCUCACUCCUGAGGAAUGGGUUCAGAUAUUUGAAGAUGGUAUAAAUGAACCUGCUGAUGAUCGUGGAAUGGUGUCUAAGUGGGCUGUAAAUCGCAAGUAUUUGGUGUCACCAAUAAAUGGAGCUCUAAAAUAUCACCGCAUUGGAAAUCAAGAAAAAAAUGAUCCGGAGGUUCCAUUUGAGAAGGCUUCUCUUGUCCUUAGUGAUGUUUCUUUAACAAUUACUGAGGCACAGUAUCAUGAUUGGAUAAAGCUAUUGGAAGUUGUUUCAAGAUACAAGACAUAUGUUGAAGUUUCCCAUCUAAGACCUGUGGUGCCAGUUUCAGAGGGUCCUUAUUUGUGGUGGCGUUAUGCUGCUCAAGCAGGCCUGCAGCAGAAGAAAAUGUGUUACCGAUUCUCAUGGGACCGCAUUCGGAGUCUCUGUCAGCUUCGUCGCCGCUACAUUCAGUUGUAUGCUGGUUCAUUGCAACACUUGUCAAAUGUUAAUAAUGCAGAAAUUAGAGAAAUUGAGAAAGAUCUGGAUUCGAAAGUAAUUCUUUUAUGGAGGUUACUUGCACAUGCAAAGGUAGAAUCUGUUAAAUCCAAGGAAGCAGCUGAACAGAGGUCGUUCCAGAAGAAAGGCUGGUUUUCAUUUAUGUGGCGUACACCUGCUGAAGGUUCUACUAUUGUGGAUGCUGCUGAGGGAUCACAGUUACCGGAAGAAAGACUGACUAAAGAGGAAUGGCAGGCAAUUAAUAAGUUACUGAGUUAUCAACCAGAUGAAGCAUUGACAUCACACUCAGGAAAGGACGUGCAGAAUAUGAUCCGGUUUUUGGUAACUGUGUCUAUCGGUCAAGCUGCUGCUAGGAUCAUUGAUAUAAACCAAACCGAGAUUGUGUGUUGUAGAUUUGAGCAACUUCAAGUGUCAACCAAGUUUAAACAUCGAAGUACCUACUGUGAUGUGUCAUUGAAAUUCUAUGGUUUGUCAGCUCCAGAAGGCUCACUUGCCCAGAGUGUCUCUAGUGAGAAGAAGGUGAAUGCUCUAGCUGCUAGCUUUGUGUACAAUCCAGUUGGAGAGAAUGUUGACUGGAGGCUGUCGGCUACAAUUUCUCCCUGCCAUGUCACGGUUUUAAUGGAAAGCUUUCAUCGCUUUUUAGAAUUUGUGAAAAGGAGUAAUGCAGUUAGUCCUACUGUUACAUUGGAACUGCAACUGCUUUGCAGGUUUGCUCUUGAUAUUGACUUAGAUGCUCCAAAAGUAAGAGUUCCCAUAGGAACUUGUGGCUCUUCCAAAUGCGAUAGCCAUUUUCUUUUAGAUUUUGGUCAUUUCACGCUGCACACCAAGGAUAGUCAGCCUGAUGAACAGAGGCAGAACCUAUAUUCUCGGUUUUUUAUAACUGGAAGAGAUAUUGCUGCCUUUUUUAUGGAUUCUGGUUCUGACUGUCAAAGUUGCACUUGGGAUGUACCCAAUAAUGAUAAUCACCCACUUUUAUCUCCUUCCCCAGACAAUGUUGACAAUUUUUAUUCUCUCAUAGAUAGGUGUGGAAUGGCUGUACUUGUUGAUCAGAUCAAAGUGCCCCACCCAAAUUACCCGUCAAUGCGGAUUUCAAUUCAAGUGCCAAACCUUGGGAUUCACUUUUCACAAUCAAGGUUUCAGAGGCUUAUGAAACUGUUAAACAUAUUCUAUGGUACUUUGGAAACUUGUGGUCAGCCUGCUGUUGAUGAUUUUCAAGCAGAAACUCCAUGGAGCCCUGCAGAUCUUUCUGGAGAUGCUAGAAUUUUAGUAUGGAGGGGGAUUGGAAAUUCUGUGGCUACAUGGCAACCCUGUUUUCUUGUGUUGUCGGGAAUAAAUCUUUAUGUGUUGGAGUCUGAAAAGUCACAGAGUCACCAGCGACACUUCAAGGACUGUUGCCCAAGCAUGGCUGGCAGACAAGUGUAUGAGGUUCCUCCAGCCAACAUUGGUGGUUCAUCGUUUUGUCUCGCUGUGAGUUACAGGGGGAUGGACAAUCAAAAGGCUCUGGAGUCUUCUAGUACCUUGAUUAUAGAGUUUCGGGCUGAGGAGGAGAAGGCCAUUUGGUUGAAAGGACUUAUACAAGCCACAUAUCAGGCUUCUGCUCCUCCGUCAGUUGAUGUUUUGGGAGGAACAAUUGAUCCUGUCACUGACUUUGGUGAACCACAGAUCAUGAACUCAAAAACAGCUGACCUUGUCAUUAAUGGGGCAUUGGUGGAGACAAAGUUAUUUAUAUAUGGAAAGACUGGUGAUAAACUUGAUGAAGAACUUGGUGAGACUCUUAUUCUUGAAGUUCUUGCCAAUGGGGGGAAGCUACACAUGAGUCGUUGGGAAGGUGACCUGACACUUAAGAUGAAACUGCACUCUUUGAAAAUCAAAGAUGAGCUUCAAGGUCGCCUGUCAACAACCCCACAGUAUUUAGCUUGCUCAGUGCUAAAUAAUGACAAUUCAGUUUCUUCUCCUGUCAUAAUUGAUCCACACUGGAAAGAAAUGUCUACUUUGCUUCAUGCGGAUGAUGAUACUUUCACAGAUGCCUUGCCAGAUUUUAUGUCUAUAUCAGAUGCAGCUUUUGGUUCACAAAUUAUGAAUAUGGAUACAAGUGCAACAGCUGAGGACAUCAAUGAUGGUACUGGAUUUGCUUCUACUGACGACUUGAUUCUUGAAAAGAAUCUGGUAAAGGGAAAGGUCAUUUCUGGAGAGAUAUUUUAUGAGGCGGAGGGCGGUGAUAAUUCAAAUUUUGUAUCUGUUACCUUCUUGACUCGGAGUUCUUGCUCGCCUGAUUAUGAUGGUAUUGAUACACAGAUGAAUCUCCGCAUGUCCAAACUGGAAUUCUUUUGCAACAGACCUACUCUUGUUGCUUUAAUUGAUUUUGGCCUGGAUUUAAGCUCUGUGUACUGCACGGAAAGUAGUGCAGACAUGAGUAAACUUUCAGAUGAUAAACCUUUGAUGAACAAAGAAAAGAUUGAAGAAAAUGGGCGUGUCAAAGGGUUGCUGGGUUAUGGUAAAGGUCGUGUAGUAUUUUAUUUAAACAUGAAUGUUGACAGUGUGACUGUGUUUCUUAACAAGGAGGAUGGCUCUCCAUUUGCAAUGUUUGUGCAAGAAAGUUUCCUGCUGGAUCUCAAGUUCAAAUUUAAUUCUUAUAAUGCUGAAGAUGAUGAUUAUGAAGGAUAUGAUUACAGUUUACGUGGCCGACUUUCUGCUGUCCGCAUUAUAUUCCUAUAUAGGUUUGUUCAGGAGAUAACAGUGUACUUUAUGGAACUUGCCACCCCACAUACUGAAGAGGCAAUCAAACUUGUUGAUAAAGUUGGAGGGUUUGAGUGGCUAAUUCAGAAAUAUGAGAUUGAUGGAGCUACAGCGUUAAAGCUGGAUUUGUCACUUGAUACUCCAAUAAUUAUUGUUCCGAGAAAUUCAACAAGCAAAGAUUUCAUUCAACUUGAUUUGGGCCAGCUAAAAGUCACAAAUGAAUUUAGUUGGCAUGGUUCCCCAGAGAAGGAUCCGUCAGCUGUCCAUAUUGAUGCCCUUCAUGCUGAGAUUCUGGGGAUCAACAUGUCUGUAGGAAUUGACGGUUGCUUGGGUAAAUCAAUGAUACGAGAAGGCAAAGGACUUGAUGUUCAUGUGAGGAGAAGUUUGAGGGAUGUCUUCAAAAAAGUCCCAACAUUUUCUCUUGAAGUGAAGGUGGGCUUAUUGCACGCUGUCAUGUCUGACAAAGAAUAUAAAGUCAUUCUGGACUGUGCAUUCAUGAAUUUAUGUGAAGAGCCAAAGCUUCCCCCUACUUUCCGUGGUGGCAAAUCUGGUACGAAGGAUACAAUGAAGCUGCUGGUUGAUAAGGUCAACAUGAAUAGUCAAAUCCUUCUGUCACGAACUGUUACCAUAGUGGCGGUUGUAGUCGAUCAUGCCCUGUUGGAGUUGUAUAAUGGCAUUCAUGCUGAGUCUCCUUUUGCUCAAAUUGCUCUAGAAGGUCUUUGGGUAUCAUAUCGGAUGACUUCAUUGUCUGAGACAGAUCUCUACAUAACCAUUCCAAAGUUUUCUGUAGUUGACAUUCGCCCUGAUACAAAACCUGAAAUGCGCUUAAUGCUUGGAUCAUCCACUGAUGCUUCUAAACAAGUUUCUUCUGGAAGUUUGCCAUUUUCUUUGAACAAGGGGAGCUUUAGAAGAGCAGAUUCUGAUGCUGGAUUUCAUGUGGAUUUACCAGUAUCAACAAUGUUCUUGAUGGACUAUAGAUGGCGUAAAUCAUCACAAUCAUUUGUGGUUAGGGUUCAGCAGCCUCGAGUUCUUGUUGUAGCUGAUUUCCUUCUGGCUGUGGGUGAAUUUUUUGUGCCUGCAUUGCGGACAAUAACUGGUAGGGAGGAAGUGAUGGAUCAUGAGAAUGAUCCCAUUAGUAAAAACAGUAGCAUAGUUUUCUCUGAACCUAUUUACAAACAGACAGAAGAUGUGGUGCACCUGUCUCCAAGUAGACAAUUAAUAGCAGAUUCUUUACACAUUGAUGAAUAUACAUAUGAUGGAUGUGGAAAGACCAUCUGUUUAAGUGGGGAAAUGGAUGCAAAAGAACUCCAUUCAACUAGGCCUCGACCCAUUAUUAUAAUUGGACGUGGAAAGAGGUUGCGGUUUAUGAAUGUCAAAAUUGAGAAUGGUUCUCUUUUGAGGAAUUAUACAUGCUUGAGUAAUGAUAGCAGCUACUCAGUAUCCUUUGAGGAUGGUGUAGACAUCAUGUUGCUGGACAGUUCCUCAUCUGAUGACGACGACAAGAAGAGUCUGGAAUACUUGCAUAACUCGUCUGACACCUCAAAUAUUUCUUCGUAUUCUGAAAGUGAUCCAAUCCCAAGUUUCAGUUUUGAAGCACAGGUUGUUUCUCCUGAGUUUACCUUCUAUGAUGCUUCAAAGUCUUCUCUGGAUGAUUCAUAUGGUGAAAAGCUUCUCCGUGCAAAGUUGGAUUUUAGCUUCAUGUAUGCAUCUAAAGAAAAUGAUACCUGGAUUCGAGCCCUGGUGAAAGAUCUUACAGUUGAGGCUGGUUCUGGUCUUAUUGUUCUUGAUCCAGUAGAUAUAUCUGGGGGUUACACUUCGGUUAAGGACAAAACAAAUAUGUCUUUGUUAUCAACUGAUGUUUGCUUCCAUCUUUCACUGAGUGUUGUUUCCCUUAUACUUAAUUUGCAAAGCCAGGCAACAGCAGCAUUGCAAUUUGGAAAUCCUAUGCCCUUGGUUGCAUGUACCAAUUUUGAUCGAAUUUGGGUGUCCCCAAAAGAAAAUGGAUCUUGUUACAACCUUACCUUUUGGAGGCCUCGAGCACCUUCAAAUUAUGUUAUAUUGGGAGAUUGUGUGACAUCAAGGCCAAUUCCUCCUUCACAGGCAGUAAUGGCAGUGAGUAAUGCAUAUGGGCGCGUGCGUAAGCCAAUUGGUUUCAAUCUCAUAGGCUUGUUCUCUGCUAUUCAAGGAUUUGGUGGGGGUGAUUCUGAUGUUGGUAGUGAUUGUUCUCUUUGGAUGCCUGUAGCACCACCAGGAUACAUAGCGUUGGGUUGUAUAGCAAAUAUUGGGAAAGAACCCCCAACUAAUCACAUUGUUUAUUGCAUUCGUUCUGAUCUUGUAACGUCAACAACAUAUUCAGAAUGCUUAUUUUGCUCUCCAUCAAAUCCUCAAUUUGCAUCUGGAUUUAGCAUCUGGCGUGUAGAAAAUGUUCUUGGAUCAUUUCAUGCCUCUUCUUCUGCUGAAUGCCCUUCCAAAAACAAUUGUUGUAACCUCAGUCAUCUUCUUCUUUGGAAUUGGAAUCGGCAUCAUUCUUCUCCUAAAGAAUCUGCCUCAAAUUUGGCUGUUGAUCAUAGCUCUGGAUGUCAGCAAACCAGAAACCAGACUGGAAAUUCUUCUGGAUGGGAUAUUGUCAGAUCAUUUUCAAAGGCAAAUAAUUGUUAUAUGUCGACCCCUAACUUUGAGAGAAUCUGGUGGGACAAGGGUAGUGACCUCCGCCGACCAGUCUCAAUAUGGCGACCCAUUGCGCGUCGAGGCUAUUCCAUAAUGGGUGAUUGCAUUACCGAAGGCUUAGAGCCACCAGCUGUGGGCAUAGUUUUUAAGGCUGAUGAUCCCGAAGUAUCUGCGAAACCCGUGCAAUUUACUAAAGUUGCGCAUGUUGUAGGCAAAGGUUUGGAUGAAGUCUUCUUCUGGUACCCACUUGCUCCACCUGGUUAUGCUUCUCUUGGUUGCAUAGUCUCCAGAAUGGAUGAAGCCCCAUGUGUAGAUACGUUUUGUUGCCCUAGGAUGGAUCUUGUUAACCAAGCUAAUAUUCUUGAGGUGCCAAUUUCAAGAUCUUCGACUUCUAAGGGAUCUCAAUGCUGGAGCAUUUGGAGAGUUGAAAAUCAGGCAUCAACUUUUCUUGCACGGGCUGAUCUGAAAAAACCGUCAAGCAGAUUGGCUUAUGCUAUUGGUGAUUCCAUGAAGCCAAAGGCUAGGGAAAACAUAACUGCAGAAGUGAAGCUAAGAUGCUUCUCUUUAACUGUUCUAGACAGCUUAUGUGGAAUGAUGACACCACUAUUUGACACGACAAUCACCAAUAUCAAGCUUGCAACACAUGGUCGACUGGAGGCUAUGAAUGCAGUACUGAUCUCCUCUAUUGCUGCAUCAACCUUCAACACCCAGUUAGAAGCGUGGGAGCCACUUGUGGAACCUUUUGAUGGAAUAUUCAAGUUUGAAACAUAUGACACCAAUGUACACUCGCCCUCAAAAUUUGGGAAGACAAUGCGUAUUGCUGCUACCAGUAUCCUUAAUUUAAAUGUCAGUGCUGCAAACCUUGAAACUUUUAUAGGGAGCAUUCUUUCAUGGAGAAGACAAUUAGAACUUGAACAGAAAGCAAUGAAGAUAAAUGAGGAAGCUGGUGGUCUAUGUGAACAGGAUCAGACUUUGUCUGCAUUGGAUGAAGAUGACUUUCAGACUGUGAUUGUAGAGAAUAAACUUGGGUGUGAUAUAUAUCUGAAAAAAUUUGAAGAAAAUACAGAUGCAGUGGAUCGGUUGCGUCAUGGUGAUUGUAUUUCUAUAUGGGUGCCACCUCCAAGGUUUUCUGACAGGUUCAAUGUUGCAGAUGAAUCUAAGGAAGCGCGCUAUUAUGUUGCUAUUCAGAUUCAUGAAGCCAAGGAUUUACCUAUUGUAGAUGAUGGCAACAGCCAUAACUUCUUCUGUGCUUUGCGCCUUGUUGUUGAUAGUCAGCCGACAGAUCAACAAAAACUCUUUCCUCAAAGUGCCAGGACAAAAUGUGUUAAGCCUGCACUUUCGAAAAUCAAUAACUUGAAUGAAGGCAAGGCGGAAUGGAAUGAACUUUUCAUAUUUGAAGUUCCUCGGAAGGGACCAGCUAAACUGGAAGUGGAGGUGACAAACCUUGCAGCAAAAGCAGAAAGGGUUCAACAUAACAAUCUUGAUGACAUGGACGAAUGUGGAUGUCUGUUGGUUUCAACUUCUUAUUUUGAGAGGAAAACAACUCCAAUUUUUCAAAGAGAUCUAGAGGCUGAAAAUGCAAGUGAUAGAGACAUAGGUUUCUCUGUUGGUCUUGGCCCGGAUGGUGUUUGGGAGAGCAUUCGGUCAUUGCUUCCAUUGUCAGUUGUCCCCAAAUCACUACAGAAUGAUUUCAUGGCACUGGAAGUUGUCCUGAAAAAUGGCAAGAAGCAUGCAAUUUUCAGGGGUCUUGCAACAGUUGUAAAUGAGACUGAUGUUAACUUGAAAUUUUCAAUUUGUCAUGCUUCUCGGAUUCGAGGUUAUGAUUCCUCUUUAGGAAAAAGUGAUAACAUAAAUCCUGGAGGUUCUUUUGUUUUACCUUGGAGAAGUACAUCAAAUGAUUCCGACCAGUGCUUACAAAUUUGUCCUUCUGUUGAUGACCCUCAGCCUCCAUAUUCAUGGGGUUCUGUCGUGGCAGUGGGUUCUGGUUAUACAUAUGGAAAGGACCUGACUCUUAUAGAUCAGGUUGCACUCUCUCGACAAUAUACUUCAAAGCAGGAAAAUAAGAUGCCUAAUGUUACUUUUAGGUUGAAUCAGCUUGAGAAGAAAGAUAUACUUUUGUGUUGUUCUAGUACCAUAAAUAAACAAUUUUGGCUUAGUGUUGGGGCAGAUGCCUCAGCUCUUCAUACUGAAUUGAAUGCACCUGUUUAUGAUUGGAGAAUAUCUGUCAACUCUCCUAUGAAGUUGGAAAAUCGACUUCCCUGUCCGGCUGAAUUCACAAUCUGGGAAAGAACAAAAGAUGGAAAAUGCAUUGAACGACAGCAUGGUAUGAUCUCUUCACGUGGGGGUGUUCAUAUAUAUUCCGCAGACAUUCAGAAACCCUUAUAUCUUACAUUGUUUGUUCAGGGUGGUUGGGUUCUGGAGAAGGACCCCGUUCUUGUUUUGAAUCUUUAUUCCAAUGACCAUGUCUCAUCAUUCUGGAUGGUUCACCAGAAAAGUAGAAGGAGACUGCGCGUGAGUAUUGAACGUGACAUGGGAGGGACCACUGUUGCACCCAAAACAAUAAGGUUUUUUGUUCCAUAUUGGAUCACGAAUGAUUCAUCUAUUCCCUUGGCAUAUCGAGUGGUGGAAGUAGAACCUUUAGACAAUGCAGAUACAGACUCUCUAAUACCUUCUAGAGUCAAGUCUGCAAAAUCAGCCUUGAAAAGUCCUACAAACUCUAUGGACAGGAAGCUUUCUUCCACUAGGAGAAACAUUCAAGUACUUGAAGUUAUUGAGGACACUACUCCUGUUCCUAAUAUGCUUUCUCCACAAGAUUAUGCAAGCCGCAGUGGGGCUUCGCUGUUUCCAUCUCAAAAAGAUGUAUAUCUGUCCUCACGAGUGGGCCUUUCUGUUGCCAUUCGUCAUUCAGAAAUAUACAGUCCUGGGAUAUCUCUUUUUGAGCUGGAAAAGAAGGAAAGGAUUGAUGUCAAAGCAUUCAGUUCAGAUGGAUCUUAUUACAAGCUUUCAGCGCGACUGAACAUGACCUCAGACAGAACAAAGGUUGUGCAAUUCCAGCCCCACAGCUUGUUUAUUAAUAGAGUUGGUUCCAGCCUGUGUCUGCAGCAGUGUGGUUCUCAGUCUGUGGCCUGGAUUCAUCCCACAGAUUCUCCAAAACCCUUUUGGUGGCAGUCUUGUGCCAAAGUUGAAUUGUUGAAGUUGCGGGUGGAUGGUUACAAAUGGAGUGCACCAUUUAGUGUUUGUAAUGAAGGUAUCAUGCGUGUUUGCUUGAGGAAGGAUACUGGAAAUGAACAACUUCAGUUUCGAAUAGCUGUAAGAAGUGGAGCAAAGAAUUCAAGCUAUGAAGUUAUUUUCCGUCCGAACUCUUCCUUGAGUCCUUACAGGGUUGAAAAUCGUUCCAUGUUUCUACCCAUCCGAAUUCGGCAAGUGGAUGGUACUAGUGAUUCGUGGAACUUUCUUCUUCCUAAUACAGCAGUUUCUUUUUUAUGGGAAGAUCUUGGCAGAAGGCGUUUAUUAGAAAUCCUGGUAGAGGGGGAAGACCCAUUGAAAUCAGGGAAGUAUGAUAUUGAUGAGAUUUCUGAUCACCAACCUAUUCACGUGGGAAGUGGACCUUCUAAAGCUCUACGUGUUACUGUAAUAAAAGAAGAGAAAGUGAAUGUCAUUAAGAUCAGUGACUGGAUGCCAGAAAGUGAACCUGCUGGAGUUUUGAGUAGAAGCCAGUCAUCACUUUUGUCUCAACUUUCUAUACAGCAACAAUCACCUUUUCUCUCUGAUUGUGAAUUUCAUGUUAUCAUUGAGCUAGCUGAGCUUGGGAUAUCCAUUAUUGACCAUACACCCGAAGAAAUUCUCUACCUUUCGGUUCAGAAUCUUCUGUUUGCAUAUUCAACUGGCUUAGGCUCUGGAAUCAGUCGGUUGAAACUUAGAAUGCGUGGGAUACAAUUGGAUAACCAGUUGCCAUUAAUUCCAACGCCGGUUCUUUUUAGGCCACAGAGAGUUGGGGAAGAGACUGACUAUAUCUUGAAACUUUCAAUCACAAUGCAAUCCAAUGGGUCGCUAGAUCUGUGUGUCUAUCCAUAUAUUGGUCUCCAUGGACCUGAGAACUCUGCCUUUUUGAUAAACAUUCAUGAACCUAUCAUCUGGCGCAUUCAUGAAAUGAUUCAGCAGGUCAACCUUAGUCGGUUGUAUGAUACUCAAACAACUGCUGUUUCUGUUGAUCCAAUCAUUGAAAUUGGAGUUCUUAGCAUCUCAGAGGUUCGAUUCAAAGUGUCAAUGGCUAUGUCACCAAGUCAAAGGCCAAGAGGUGUUCUUGGCUUUUGGGCAUCUUUGAUGACUGCAUUGGGCAACACUGAGAAUAUGCCAGUGAGGAUAAAUCAAAGGUUUCAUGAGAACGUGUGCAUGAGGCAGAGUUCAAUGAUUAGUAUUGCUAUUUCAAACAUUCGAAAAGAUCUCCUAGGCCAACCUCUUCAACUGCUAUCCGGUGUUGAUAUAUUGGGUAAUGCAAGUAGUGCACUUGGACAUAUGAGCAAGGGCAUGGCUGCCUUAUCAUUUGAUAAGAAGUUUAUUCAAAGCCGACAGAGACAGGAAAGCAAGGGCGUGGAGGACUUUGGUGAUGUUAUUAGAGAGGGCGGUGGAGCACUGGCAAAAGGCCUCUUCAGAGGAGUCACUGGGAUAUUAACAAAGCCGCUUGAAGGUGCAAAAACGUCUGGCGUUGAGGGUUUUGUGCAAGGUGUUGGGAAAGGAUUAAUAGGUGCAGCUGCACAACCAGUGAGUGGGGUUCUAGAUCUUUUGUCAAAAACUACUGAGGGUGCCAAUGCGAUGAGAAUGAAGAUAGCAUCAGCUAUAACUUCUGAUGAGCAACUGCUCCGCAGACGAUUGCCUCGUGUUAUUGGCGGUGAUAAUUUAAUUCGGCCAUAUGAUGGGGACAAGGCACAGGGACAGGCUAUAUUGCAGCUGGCAGAAUCAGGUUCAUUUUUCCUCCAGGUUGAUCUGUUUAAAGUACGUGGGAAGUUUGCCUUAUCAGAUGCUUAUGAAGAUCACUUUUUACUCCGCAAAGGAAAAAUUCUUCUAGUCACUCAUCGAAGAUUGAUACUGUUGCAACAACCCUUCACUGUAGCUCAGAGGAAGUUCAACCCGGCUAGGGAUCCAUGUUCUGUACUGUGGGAUGUACUUUGGGAUGACCUGGUCAUAAUGGAAAAGUCAUAUGGAAAAAAGGACCACCCAAAAGCCCCACCUUCACGGGUCAUUCUUUAUUUACAAGAGAAAUCAACUGAGGUGAGGGAACAAGUUCGAGUCAUAAAAUGCAUCCCUGAUACCCCCCAGGCUCUUGAGGUGUACUCCUCGAUUGAACGAGCAAUGAACACUUAUGGGUCAAACAAACCAAAGAGAAUGCUGAAAAAGAGUGUGACAAUUCCAUAUGCACCAAUGUUUGAUAGCACCAGCGCUGAAGCUAUACCAAAAGAAGGGGCUGGUGUCUUGUCGCCCCGACAGGUGCCUACAUCAUUUCCUCGUAGUUCAACUUUUGGCAGCAGCAGCAGCAGCAAUUGA